GCAGGCCUGGAGAUCGAUUUGUUUAAACAUGGCGGCUUCAGAUGCUGGGUUGCGACAGAGGCUGAUUCCGGAAUCAGAGACGACUACGGACUGGGAUCCAGAUCUGCCGUAUGGGGGCAAAGUUUACUUAGCCAGGAAAAAAAAGCCCGACCCUACGUAUGUUAAAGUUAUUGAGGCGGUGGUAUUAAUUUCCACUCUGUCCUUUGCCCUAUAUGCAUAUUACUAUUUCGACCAUCUCCAUUUCAACGUGACGUAUGGUUACGCAUGGCUGGGAUACCCGAGUGCAAACCAUCAGAUCGGGCAGAGAUACCUUCACGGAAAGGGGGUUGAAAAGCACAUAGUGAAAGCCAUGGAACAUUUCAAAAAAGCUGCUGACCAGGGCCACCCUCACGCUGCUUACAAUUUGGCUAUCGGUCACCUGAAGGGGUACAAGUCCGGUCUCAAACCCGGUGAAGCCCACAUGCUGAUUCAACAUGCUGCAUCUAAAGGCGUGAAGGAAGCGCAUCAAGUGUUGAACGAGGUGUGCUCCAGAGGAGGCUGUAAAAACUAGUAAACUACGGAGAGCUGAGGAAAAUCUUUGAUCCGCUCCCAAAUCAUAUGUAUCCGAUUCGGGAGCGGAUGAAAUAUUUUAUGUUAGUAAAAUUGGAUCGAAGUUAUUAGCAAUGAUGCACUAGUACUAAUAUAUACACUUUCGAGUUACUGCUGGACAAAGAUCAACAACGAAACAUGCUGGACCUAACGUUCACAGACUGAUAACUUAAAAUUGCUGCGGUUUUAUUUUCCUACUUUGGCAUAAAACAAUGUUCGUUUCCGAGACUGACUCAUAUUUGUAUGUGAUAGAGCCACAGUCACAGGAGGCAGAACGACAGCUGUAUUUACAUGAACUAAAUAUGAAACAAUAGAUCCCCGCAAUAUAUCCCAAUUUUGUUCUUUCGUGGGUUUUUUUGUUUGUUUGUUUUUUGCGGCAAAAGUAACUGUUGAUCUGCUGGAAACCAACAUGUAUAUAUCAUUCCGUCCAAAAAGCAAUAGUUUCUUCUUUUUUUCCUUUCUUUUUUAUAAUACAUAUGUACUGUUUGCAUUUAUAAACAUAUUUUGUUAAAAUAAAGAUACUUAGUAAU